AUGAAGCUUGUGGUUCGUGUGAUUGAGGCAAAGAACUUGCCACCGAUGGAUCUUAAUGGGUUGAGUGAUCCAUAUGUGAGGUUACAGUUGGGGAGACAAAGGUUUAGGACCAAAGUGGUUAAGAAGAGUUUGAAUCCUAAGUGGGAUGAAGAGUUUAGCUUUAAGGUGGAUGAUCUUAAGGAAGAGUUGGUGGUUUCUGUUAUGGAUGAAGAUAAGUACUUAAUUGAUGAUUUUCUUGGUCAGCUUAAAGUUCCCAUGUCAACUGUUUUUGAUGAGGAGAUCAAAUCACUUGGUACUGCUUGGUACUGUUUGCAACCCAAAAGCAAGAAGUCCAAGAACAAGGAAUCUGGUGAGGUUCGUUUGAGCAUAUAUUUUGAACUGAAAACUGCAUCGGUUGAGUCAAAUAUUCACGGUGAUCUAGUAUUCCAUCCAAGAAAAAGUGCGGAUUCUAUUACUAAUUCGCCUUCAAGGUCUUCCACUGGAUAUUCAAACUCAUCUUCUCCUGCAAGGGAUGAAGUUGCAUCUACUAAGGAUGAAAAACCCAGUACACAGAAAUCACUCACCGGGAGAAUUGCUAAUAUCUUUAAUAAGAAUUCUGAUGUAUCGUCAAACUCGUCACGUAGAAGCAUUGACUCAGACCAAACAGAAACUACCAAAGUGGAAGUUAGUGAGGUCAAAACUGAGGAUCAGUCCUCGGACGAGACUUUUGAAGAAGCUAUGAAGAAAAUACAAUCUUCAGAUCAAGGAAGUGAAAUUCCUAGCAACCUACCUGGAGGGUUGUUAGUUGAUCAACAUUAUAAUAUUGCACCCGAAGACUUGAACGUGCUUCUCUUUUCUUCCGAUUCAAAUUUUCUCAAGUCAUUGGCUGAUGUUCAACGUAGUACCGAACUGCAAUUAGGACCUUGGAAAUUUGAGAAUGGCGGGGAGAGCCUCAAAAGAUUAGUCACUUACAUCAAGGCUCCUAGCAAAUUAAUUAAGGCAGUCAAAGCCUUUGAAGACCAGACAUAUUUAAAAGCUGAUGGGAAGAACUUUGCUGUUUUCGUCGUUGUCAGCACUCCUGAUGUUGUGUAUGGGAGCACCUUUCGGGUAGAAUUACUCUAUAUAAUCACACCUGGACCUGAGUUGCCCUCAGGAGAACAGUGUUCACAUCUGGUUAUAUCAUGGCGAAUGAAUUUCAUACAGAGCACCAUGAUGAAAGGAAUGAUAGAGAAUGGGGCUCGGCAAGGUAUGAAGGAUAGUUUUGAACAAUAUGCCAGUUUAUUAUCCCAGGAUGUCAAACCUGUUGAUCUAACAGAACUUAGUUCGAGUAAGGAGCAAGCUUUGGCAUCUUUACAAGCAGAGCCGCAGUCAGAUUGGAAGCUGGCAGUGCAGUAUUUUGCUAACUUCACAGUAGUCUCAACAGUUUUCAUAGGGUUGUAUGUGCUUGUCCACAUAUGGCUUGCUGCUCCGAGUAUAAUUCAAGGGCUCGAGUUUGCUGGACUUGAUUUGCCAGAUUCAGUAGGUGAAUUCGUUGUUUGUGCUGUCCUGGUUCUUCAAGGUGAACGCAUGCUGGGUUUAAUAUCACGCUUCAUAAAAGCCAGAGCACAAAAGGGCAGUGAUCAUGGAAUUAAAGCUCAAGGAGAUGGGUGGUUAUUAACCGUUGCCUUGCUUGAAGGAAGCCAUUUAGCUUCCGUGGACUCUGGUGGAUUCUCCGACCCAUAUGUAGUGUUUACGUGCAAUGGGAAAGUAAGAACCAGUUCAAUCAAGUUCCAAAAAUCUAAUCCUUUAUGGAACGAAGUAUUUGAGUUUGAUGCAAUGGAUGAUCCUCCUUCUGUGAUGGAUGUGGAAGUUUAUGAUUUUGAUGGGCCUUUUGAUGCAACUACAUGUCUAGGGCAUGCUGAAAUUAACUUUCUAAAAGCAAACAUCUCAGAUCUUGCCGAUACAUGGGUUCCUCUUGAAGGCAAGUUAGCUUUGGCAUGUCAGUCUAAGUUGCACUUGAGAAUUUUCUUGGACAACACUAGAGGUGGAAACGUAACGAAAGACUAUUUAAGUAAAAUGGAAAAAGAGGUUGGGAAGAAGAUUAAUAUGCGGUCUCCUCAAACUAAUUCGGCGUUUCAGAAACUCUUCGGGCUUCCACCUGAGGAAUUUCUCAUCAAUGACUUCACAUGUCACUUGAAAAGAAAAAUGCCCCUGCAGGGACGCCUAUUUCUAUCACCAAGAAUAAUUGGAUUUCAUGCUAAUUUGUUUGGAAAGAAAACAAAAUUCUUUUUUCUUUGGGAGGAUAUUGAAGACAUUCAGGUUAUUCCUCCAACAUUUUCAUCAAUGGGAAGUCCAAUAGUUGUCAUAACUCUUCGGCCGGGUAGAGGUGUCGAUGCAAGGCAUGGUGCAAAAACACAAGACGAACAAGGAAGGCUGAAUUUCAAUUUCCAGUCCUUUGUAUCGUUCAAUGUCGCACACAAGACGGUUAUGGCUUUGUGGAAGGCCAGAUCAUUGACUCCUGAGCAGAAAGUGAAGGUUGUUGAACAGGAAUCUGAAACCAAAACCCUUAUAAGUGAAGAUAGUGGCUCGUACCUUGUCCUGGAUGAUGUUAGCAUGUCUGAGAUUCAUUCGUGUUGUCUUCCAAUUCCUGCAAGUUUUCUAAUGGAGAUAUUUAGUGGAGGUGAGGUUGACCGUCGGGUUAUGGAAAACUCUGGUUGUCUUAAUUACUCUUAUACCCCUUGGGUAUCAGAGAACAGCGAUAUCUCUGAGAGGGCAGUAUAUUACAAAUUUGAGAAGCAUGUUUCAAGUUAUAAAGGUGAAGUGACAAGUACUCAACAAAGAUCUCCCCUUUUAGAUGGAAAGGGUUGGCUUGUAGAAGAAGUUUUGAAUCUUCAUGGUGUUCCUCUUGGUGAUUAUUUCAAUAUACACCUUCGCUAUCAAAUAGAAGAUUUACCCCCAAAAGCAAAGGGGUGUAGAGUUCUAGUGUUUUUCGGAAUUGAAUGGCUGAAAAAUACAAAGAAUCAGAAAAGGAUUACAAAGAACAUUCUACAAAAUCUGCAAGAACGUCUUAAAUUGACCUUUAGUCUAGCUGAGAAGGAGCUUUUACCUAGAUAG